AUAAAACCUAUGGAAAAUCCUUUAAUUUUAAUAUUCUCUCACUUCCCACUCUUCCCCCAACCUCACCCCAUCCCCUACGAAGCCACGGCCACCAUUGAAGAGUUGACCACCCUAAUAUCCAGUGAUCUGAAAACUGUCUAAAUACAAUCAAGAAAUGAUAAAAUUCUAUUGAAUGGAACCAAACAAUUCUUUCCUAUGCUUUGAGUAAACUCCAAUCCUCCUCCUCCUCCUCCUUCUUCUCUUCUUAUUCUUGCCUGAAAAUCACUCAUUCAUGGAAAGAUUAAACCAGUACAACAAUUUUGUCUUACUUUUCUCUCUUAUAAUCACCCUUGGCCUUGUCUCCUUCUCUUUAUGCCUUGCUGCAGAAUUCAACAAAUCGAAGAAAAAGGAUCUGAGGUUUGAUGACGAGCUUUGUUAUUUGCCCGGAAGCCCGGCUUUUGGAUUCGGAAUAGCAGCUUUAAUCUGCCUUUUCGCCGGUCAGCUUAUCGGAAACUUGUUCGUCUGCACAAAGUUUAGUGCGAGAGUUCAUCGGAGUAGUUGUGAUGAUAAAUUACAAAGGCCUAUUAUUGCUACCAUUUUCUUGGUUUUUUCAUGGAUCAGCUUUGGAGUUUGUGUAAUUCUAAUCAGUACAGCCACCAGCAUGAGCCGAAGUCAGUCCUUUGGGGAAGGGUGGUUAGAUGGUGAGUGCUACAUAGUCAAAUCUGGAGUCUAUAUUGGCUCGGGUAUAUUGGCUGUGCUUGCUCUUGGUUUAACCCUAGGGUCUGACAUUGCAACGACAAGGCAAAGGCGAGUCGAAGAAGACAUGAAAGUGCACGCACAAGUUGAAUGAGUUUAAACUCGUGCAUCGAAUGGAUGUAAACGCACAAAUGUGUUGAUAAAGUUUUUAAUAUCCUAUUAGCCUACGUCACGAUAUAUAUAUACACACACACAAAUAUAGAGUUAGAUUGAUGGAAAAGGUUUUAAUAAAUGAUUGUGGGAUGUUACAGAAAAAGGUGUAUAGGCUUUGGCCUCGACUAACUCAGAGAACUUCAAAAUAUUUGUUUUGCUUAUACGUUUCAAAAUAUUUGUUUUGCUUA